AUGCUUUAUGCCCAUACUCUCAUGUUGGUGGCUCCAGUUGAUGGAGCUGUCCAGCAGGUGAGCCAGCUGUAUGCACCAGUGUUGCGCAAGGCGCUGGAAAUGACGUAUCAGAACGGCACUCUGGAUAUUCUGACACUGGCGGCGCCUACCACGGCAUUUGAGGCCGAGAAGCUGCUGCAGCAGUUCUACGGACUGGCUGUGGAGGAGGCCGCCAAGCUCGGUAGACAGUCCAUUGACGUGCGGGUGCUGUUGGACGGCGAAAAUGUCAAGUUGGAUCGACAGCAGAGUUGGGAGGUGUUGGUGGCGGGCAAGUUUGAAUCGGACCUCUGUUCUUCCUUCCGAGACUCGUUCAUCCACUCAGCCACUGUAUCCACCCUUCCGGUCAUUAUUCUGCCACAAGCUACAGACCCCGGUAUGUUUGACCAGUCCCGAAAGUCUCAGGAGCCCUCCUACGACUCUACAGGCUACGAGGGAAGUGGCUACGAGAUGGACUACGAAAAGCCAGGCUACAAGUUCGACCAUGAACAUCCCGAGGGACAUACGACCGGGGGUACAAACACCCCUGAUCACGUGGCCAACCCCGUGACGCUCAACAAGGCCGAGGAGCUGCUGGCGAAUGCUUCUGAGGAGCAGUAUUCUGUAGUUGCUCUGGGUGGCACUUUUGACCACCUGCACGCCGGCCACAAGAUUCUGCUUACGUUGGCAGCCUGGUUGACGCGGGACAAGCUGAUUGUGGGCAUCACGGGCCCUCAGCUGCUGACUAAGAAGAAGUACGCCGAGGCCAUGGAGUCGUUCGAUGUGCGCGAGAGCCACGUUACCCAAUUUCUCAACUACAUUUCCCCUCCCCUUCGUCUUCAGCCUGUCAUGAUUAACGAUGUUUAUGGCCCUACUGCUUCGGAUCCCGAUAUUGAUGCUCUUGUCUUGUCUGCCGAGACUCGAGGUGGAGGAGCUGCCAUCAACAAGGUGAGAGAGGAGAAGGGGUGGAGCCAGCUAACGGUAUUUGAAAUCAACAUUGUCGGUGGCAAGGGCAAUGAGGAGGACAAUUGGGCUGACAAGCUGAGUUCGACGCAGCUGAGAAAGGAGGCAUUGGAGAAGAAGGAGAAGUUGUGA